GUCCAACAUGGAGGAACUGACGGUGGAGGUCCGCGGCUCCAACGGCGCUUAUUACAAGGGGUUUGUCAAAGAUGUCCAUGAUGAUUCCCUCACCAUUGUUUUUGAAAACAACUGGCAACCAGAGCGGCAGGUCCCGUUCAGUGAUGUUAGGUUGCCACCCCCCUCAGAUGCUAAAAAGGAAAUCGGAGAGGGAGAUGAGGUGGAGAUAUUCUCCAGGGCCAAUGAACAUGAGCCAUGUGGCUGGUGGCUGGCUAAAGUGCGCAUGAUGAAAGGAGAUUUCUACGUGAUUGAGUAUGCAGCCUGUGAUGCUACAUACAACGAAAUAGUCACAUUUGAACGUUUACGGCCAGUGAAUGUGAACAAAGCUGUGACAAAGAACACUUUCUUCAAAUGCACUGUUCCUGUUCCUGAAGACCUGAGAGCUGCAUGUGAAAAUGAACAUGCGCACAAAGAUUUUAAGAAGGCAGUGGGUGCUUUUCGAAUCGUUUACAAUUCAGAGACCAGCCAGCUGGUUAUCUUGACAACAAAUGAAACAACUGUCAAGAGAGUGGCCAUUCUGAGUGAUAUGCAUCUGCGCAGCAUUCGCACUAAAUUGAUGCUGAUGUCCAGAAAUGAGGAAGCAACAAAACACUUGGAGAGCACAAAGCAGCUGGCGUCUGCCUUUCAAGAAGAAUUCAGCGUCAGGGAGGACUUGAUGGGGCUUGCCAUUGGCAGUCAUGGCAGCAACAUUCAGCAAGCCAGGAAAGUUCCUGGAGUCACUGCCAUUGAGCUUGAUGAGGACACUGGUACCUUCAGGAUUUAUGGAGAGAGUGCGGAAGCUGUACAGAAAGCGAGGGGUUACCUGGAAUUCAUUGAAGAGUCUGUUCAAAUUCCCAGGAACUUGGUUGGCAAGGUAAUUGGUAAGAAUGGGAAAGUUAUCCAAGAGAUUGUGGAUAAAUCGGGGGUGGUACGAGUGCGAAUCGAAGGAGACAACGACAACAAACUUCCUCGACAAGAAGGAAUGGUUCCAUUUACAUUUGUUGGCACAAAGGAAAGUAUUGGGAAUGUACAGGUCCUUCUAGAGUAUCACAUUGCUUAUCUUAAUGAAGUGGAACAGCUGCGGCUGGAGAGACUGCAGAUUGACGAACAGCUGCGCCAGAUUGGAAUGGGCUUCCGUCCCACGUCUGGCCGACCUGUUGACAAGGACCGAGGAUACACCACAGAUGAGAGUGCCUCAGGCGCUUCACUGCACAACAGCCGCUUUUACAGUGGGAGGGGCCGGGGCCGGAGGGGCCCCAACUACACGUCUGGUUAUGGCACAAACUCAGAGCAGUCAAACGCCUCAGAGACGGACUCGGAACGGAAGGACGAGUUGAGCGACUGGUCUCUAGCGGGAGAAGAGCCGGAGCGGGGGCCACGGCAACAGCGGGAGAGCAGGAGGCGGCCUGGACCAGGGAGAGGGCGUGGAGGCCACAGUGGUAGAGGCCGUGGUGGAGGACGAGGGGCAGCCACCUCGUCCAUAAGCUCUGUUUUCUUAAUAUUGGAAAAUGGCACAGUGCUUCGAGACCCUGACAGCAACCCGUACAGCGUACUUGACAACACGGAAACGGACCAGACGGCUGAUACAGAUGCCAGCGAAUCCCAUGUGAAUGCCAGUCGGCGCCGCCGCUCCCGCCGCCGCCGUACAGAUGAGGACACGACGCUGAUUGAUGGCCUUAGUGAAUCCGACAAUGCCUCGUUCAGUGAGAAUGGUGUUGAUGAUUUGGACACGAGGCCCCAGCGGCGUAACCGUAGUCGUAGGCGGCGAUUCCGCCCUGCAGAAGAGAGGCAGCCAGUUACAGUAGCAGACUACAUAUCAAGGGCUGAGUCACAGAGCAGGCAGAGGAACUCAAGGGAUCAGAGGAAGAUUAAACGAGAAGUGGGACAGGUUGAUUUUAAAGAGGACCACAGUCCUCCAUCGGUGACGAAUGGUCCUAGAAAUAGAGAUGACGAAGCCCAGGAACCACAGCAUACUUCAGCGGAGAGAACCACGACGCUCAGUUAUCAAAGUGAUGGAAACCAACAGGCUGUGCUAAAUGGGGUGUCCUAAACGGCCACUCAACAUUUUAUACGCAACUUCUACAUUACAUUAGUGCUUGCACAAGCUUGCCAAAGAUAGACGUGGACUUCCAGAUUUUAACCGCACUUUUGAGUUCCUUCAUAACGGAACAAAAAGGGGGUGAAUCCAAAAAUACGUGACAAACCAUAAGUUACACCUAGUAUGUUCUUAAGGACAUGGUCAGAUGUUGUGCCUUCCAAAAGUAGAAAAAUAAACAUUGGCUGGCUGUAGAAAACUUUUGUUGGGUAUGGUGACAGUGGGAAGACUCCAAACAUCCUACUAUUUGUUAUGAAGAGCAUUAGCUGCUUUUUUACGUUUUAAUAUGCAACCACUUCUUCAUAUGAGAAGAAACUAGAAAAUGCAGUCUGAAAUUUGCACUGAAUUGUAAUUUUCCCAAUAGAAUAAUAUUAAUCUGGAAACUGGUCUCUUAUCUUUCAUGUCCAUUUUAAGUGCUGUUGUAAAACCUGCAGAGUACUGGAAGAUUGGGUUUUGUUUCUUCUUCAACUGCUGGGACACUGGAAUGAUAACGGGGCUGACUUUUGCAGAAGGGGCUUUACUUGGUUUAUUUAUUUGAAAAUGUACAGUAUUUAAAUUUAACUACGCAGUACUUCUUUGAACACUAAAGUGGCUGGCAGUGUUGAUGCAGGUAUAAUUUGGACUACUGAAAGAUCAAUUUCCAGAUUGUUUAUGUUCUGUAAACUGUCAGUCUUUUUGGUUUUUUUAAUGGUCAUUUUGGUUGUUUGAUGUGCAAUAUGUUUUGUAUGCAGGUAGUUCUUAAAUAAAAUUUGAUCUUCCAUCUUGAUCUGAAUGCUCUUAGUAACCUGGUGAGUAGUGUUUUGAGACUAAACCAUUAAGUUUCAUUCAGUCCCUAAAAAUAAUUUGUUGGCAAUUGUAAUGUACACACUUUUGAACAUCAAAACUUGAGGCAUAUCUUUUCCUAGUUCUUACUGAAAUGUGUGAGUCAAGCAGUGAUACUUUAAAGGUUAAGUAUCUUGUAGCUAGUGUGUAAUAAGUUAAACCAUUACAAGUUGUAAAUGUUAGUAACUUAUAUGAAUGAGCUUCGAAUUGUCAUAGAUGCAUUUAUAUACAUAAAUGGAAAACCAGCUACACCCACUUAGAUUUAUUUAGCUGACACCUUUACAUCCGAGGUGAUUUACAGUGCUAGUUACACCACAGUAUAUUACCUGGAGUCAGUCGAUCAUCUAUACACCAGAGCGAUACACUCUGACACAGUGAACAAUGUUAUCACCAAUUGACUUGAAACACAGGUCUUUUCACUAUGGGCAGAAACCCACAGAAUACAAGCUCCACACAGACUUGAGCAAGGAUUGAACCAGUGUCCUCUUGCACUGUACAGGUUCUGUGAGACACCAACACUAAGUGCACCUCCAUACCACCUUCUGCCUGCGAUCUCGGGAGCGUAUUUAUAUUUAGCAUCGGUAGCAGAAGUCUUCACCUGAAAGCAUUGUGAAAUGCAACUAGUUUGGGAAAAUUAUUUCAUUUUACCUUGUUAUAUUAUAAUUGCUUUCAAAUUACAAACCUGCAAAUCCUGCAGCUGCUAUUGUGAAGCCCCACUGGCCUAUAAACAAAAGCAAAAAACAAUAGUCCUUGAUUGCAUAGCCGCCCUAAUUGGUAGUUAAGGAAAAUAAUUACAGUUUAGUCUGCAGACAUGAAAUGAUGUGGAGAUCAACAAUAGC